GUUGCAUAUUGAUGAUCACACUUUUUUUUUUGUUGUCCGCGAGUUGUGCUUCGCCUGCCGUCACGUGGAAGACGCUCUGCCUUUAACCAAUGCCAACAUUGUUAUUUUUGCACCCCUCUCCAACCUUUUUAACCCUUCCAUUACUCACUCCACCAUGCCAGACGAAUAUGCCGUCAAGAAGAAAAAACUCACCUUCAAGGGCGAAAGCACAAAGACCAAGAAGAAGAAAAGAAAGGCCGAGGAUGACGCAAAGGACGAUGACAGCAGUACUAACCUCGAAGGCUGGGUCCCCAUCAAAUCCUUGAGCGACCUCGGUGGCCCAAUCUUCCUCACAUUCUCGUCCGAUCCACCCUCUUGUUUGGCAAUCGACGACAAAUCCAGAGUCGUCAUGAGACCUCUGGAAUCAUCACUAGUUUCCGCAGAUGAUCAAUCCACCAGUUCUGCACCCGUCUCCAUUGAAUCAUCAGAACCCACAGCUGUCAACCAAGUCUUUGUCGCAACCAUGAUCCCCGACUCGGAUCGCCUGGCGCUUAAGACCUUCAAUGACCGGUACCUCAGCUCUGACAAGUUUGGUAUUGUGUCAGCGGAUUCAGAGGCGAUUGGAAUGCAGGAAGAAUGGACAGCCAUCAUUAAACCAGAGGAAGAGGGUGGGAUCUGUUUUCAGAACCAUUACGGAAAGUUCCUGAGCAUAGAUGAGGUCGCCGCAAUGGACAACAGAGGCGGAGCAUCAUUAUCAGCAACAGCAGGAUUCCAGAUCCGGGCAGAUUCAGACGUGAUUGGGUUCUGUGAACUCUUUCAGGCAAAGAUCCAGGCAAAAUACCGAAAGAAGAUCAAGAAGUCGGAUGAGGUCAAGAUUGUCACUGAAGACUAUGAGGCCCAACAGAACCGCAAGUUUCAGACCUGGAAUCACGGUCGUGUAAUAGUCUCGAAAGAUGAUGUGGGUGAACUCAAAACAGCCAGGAAAGAAGGUCGCUUCUCAGAGGCACUUCUGGACCGCAGAGAAAAACUAAAGUCGGAUCGUUACUGCAAGUGAAGACAAUGCUACGCAUUCGUUCGUAUGAGAAAUAAACAAAAGCGAAAACCCCUUGCCGACUUCAUACUG